AUGCAGCUUGCAGGAUCAGAAGAUCUUGCAGCCGUCAAUGUCACGAAAGAGCAGGCGCAACAAAUCAUAGAUCGCCACCGGCGAGGCUCAGCGUCCGUAUCAUCUAUAGUGUUACAUUCAAGUAGCGGCUUCAGUGGCUUCACACCCACCAAAACCUACCACAUCACGCUCGCCGACGGGACAGCCUACACGCUCCGUGUCUCUCCGCCUCCACCCCCAGCGGGCGACAGCUACGCUCCGAACACGCUCGCGCACGAACACGCGUUGCUGCAGCGCCUCUCAUCCAAUACAUCCCUCCCACUGCCAACGGCCUACGCGCUCGACACCUCUUUCGAUAUCCUCCAGUUCCCAUACCUGCUCCUUUCGCGCCCAUCCGGCGUUCCGCUCUCCCGCGCGCGCGCGCAAGGUCUUCUCAGCGAGCGGCAGGUCCUCCUGCUCGACCUCCGCCUCGGAGCGCUCUUGCAUGAGCAGCACGACGUGCAGAACGACUGGUUCGGAACGCCCGCACAGGAGCACGAUGGUCUGUACAGCUGGCAGGAGGCGUUUACAUUCCUCCUCGAGACCCUCAUCGAGGAUGCGAAUGCACUCGGUGUAGCACUGGCGCACGAGAAGCUGAGGAAGCCGCUGGGGCGCGCGAUAGGGAGCUUCCUGUUUGACGAUUGCGAAGUGCCAUCGCUCGUCUCGUUUGCCGGCGACGAGGACGCGAUCGUCGUGGAUGUCAGUCAGGACUCGGAGGCGUCGAGGGGCGCGGACGAAGUCCCCGUUACGAGCUUCCUGACAGUGAGCCACGCGCUAUGGGGCGAUCCGCUCUUGGAAACAUUGUUCAUGGACCCGAGCAAGGCGUUGGAGGAGGGGUAUGGCGGCUCGUUGAUCGUGUUUCGCAGGCAGAAGACGAAGAGACUGUGGUAUACAGUCUUUCUUGCCCUCAUGGUCUUGGUCCAGGCCAAGCGCGAGGAACAGACCGGAGUGCGACGGACGGACAGUGGGAAGGUGGCUUGGGCAAGAAAAAGGAUCGAUGAAUGUAUAGAAGAACUGCAGACUGCGCCGACUUACUGA